GCUGUCGUCGUACAGAGCUGUGCACAGUAUGGCCGGCGAUAUUAGCUAGCACUCGCUAACGGUAUUCUCUGCAAAAGGGAAGACGGUAACAGAAGAAAAAUCAUCACUUGGAUUCUUUAACAGACUCUACACCUAUAAAUUAUCAUUUUAUUGAAUACGGAUUAAUUAAGACAAAACGUUAUAACCGACGUUUUUUUUUUGCGCCAGUCUGUUGUCUCAUGAUGGAAGAUAACGGUGCACAUUUCUUCGAGGGGACCGAGAAACUGUUAGAGUUGUGGUUCUCCCGGCAGGAUGAGACCAAAGGAACCGGGGACCUGCGAACCAUCCCAAGGUUUGAGUGGGACAAACUUUUGGAGAAUGUGCACUGUUUGAUCAUAAGUGUGACAAAGACCGACAAGCAGGAAGCUUAUAUACUCAGUGAGAGUAGCAUGUUUGUCUCCAAGAGACGUUUCAUUUUGAAAACAUGCGGAACCACCCUCUUACUGCAAGCACUGGUGCCUCUGCUGGAACUCGCCAGGGAGUACUGCGGCUUCGAUGCCAUCGAGGUGAGCCGCGCGGCCCCUCGGGCCGGCGUCUCCUUUGCUUUUGUGAAGCCCAUCGCUGUGUUUGCCUUGCAGAAUUUCUUCUACUCGCGCAAGAAUUUUAUGAAGCCGACCCAUCAAGAGUUCCCUCAUCGCAACUUCCAAGAGGAAGUCGAUUUUCUCGGCCAGAUUUUCCCAAAUGGUGCAGCCUACUGCAUGGGACGUUUGAACGCUGACUGCUGGUAUCUGUUUACUCUGGACUUGCCAGAGUACUGGGAGAACAAGUAUGCGGAUCAGACACUGGAAGUUCUGAUGAGUGACCUCGAUCCAGCCAUUAUGGACCAGUUCUAUAUGAAAGACGGUGUUUCUGCAAGUGAAGUCACUCGUAUGAGUGGAAUUUGUGACCUGAUACCAGGUUCUGUGAUAGAUGCCACCAUGUUCAACCCGUGCGGGUACUCGAUGAACGGAAUGAAAACUGACGGGACCUACUGGACCAUUCACAUCACCCCGGAGCCAGAUUUCUCCUACGUUAGCUUCGAGACCAACCUCUCCCAGACAUCGUACGAUGAACUUGUCCGGAAGGUGGUGGAUGUGUUCAAGCCGGGAAAGUUUGUGACAACGCUGUUUGUCAAUCAGAGCUCCAAAUGUCGCAACGUCUUCUCCUCUUCUCAAAAACUGGACGGGUUCAAGCGCCUGGACCGCCAGCUGGCUCAGUUCAACGAUUACAAUUUUGUGUUCACGAGCUACGCCAAGAACUGCCAGCAGAAUCCCAAGAGCUGAGGGCGGGAGACCAAGAAGAGGCGCAAAAAAGGCGGCCGCUCGGGGUCCCUUCCCGGCGGCCGCCUCCCAAUAGAAACCUUCUCGUCGUCCUCAUCCCACCUACUUCCUCCCCGCCGCGGCGGCGGGCUCGGCUUAACCUCCGGUUUGCGUUGUAUCUGUGACUUGGACUUGUUGCAUGAAAGCUCUUUUCUCCGUUUGGAUAUGCUAGCGCACUCUUGCUGUGAUCUUGAAGUGCACGCGGAGGGUGGGGAGGCGCUCGGCGUGAGGCGGUCCAAAGGGCCCCACCUGCAGGCCUCCUCCCUCAUCCCCCACAGACAGGGCUUCCGGCCGCAUUAAGUCCGCGCCCCUGACAUGCUCAGACGAGUCUUCCUUCAUUCAGUCGGCCAUACGACCCGCCGUUUGCGUUCCGAUGCGAGGGUCAUUCAAAACGAGGAGUGCACUUUAGAGCAACUUAACCCAUGAGAUGAAAAUGGAAGCUGGCCUUUGAUCUCGCUGAAUGUAUGAAUUGUAUUAAGCCUGGACAUUUUCAAGAAUCAUGGAGCGAAUUUGUCUUAACUUUUGAUUAUUCAAAUAAAGCGUACGAGCCACAGAAUUGCAGAUCACAUGGCCAGUGAAGAGACCUUUAUUUUUUUUUUAACCCCCUACUGUACCGACGGGAAGCUUUCAGCUUCCUGUUACAUUAAUUUCUCAUUCACGUGGAAAAGGAAUGUAGCCCGGGCUGCUGACGGCGUCUCGCCCACGUCAUCUUUCGAAUGUAGUCGUCGAGAAAAGCCUGGUGCACUUUUGAGCUGAAUGUAUGACUUCAGGCCUGCGCAGACUGCCGCUGCUUCCCCCCCCCCCCCCCCCCACCCUUUCCCGUGCGUCGUGCACAAUGCCCUCUGCCGACUGUCUAUUGUCCCUUUCCCAGCAAGGUCUUUCCUUGCCAGACCAGUCGGUUGGCCCCAGAAUUCGAAGGGAGGUGAGCUGGCACGGACGGCAUCAUGAAUCAGAACCUUUUUGCUUGGCCAGCAAAGCAUUUUCUCCCCUUGACAAUAUCCAGCCCCUCUUUGUCUCUUUCCGCCCCAUACAAAAAUGUGUAAGCGUACAAUCGAGGCCCAGUAGUCUGAGCAUGCCAGGGUCAUCCCGGAUCAUUCCACGUCCAACCACUGCACCAUCUGCCAUUUUAUGUCGUUACUGGUGCCCAGACCUUUUUUUUUUUUGCUGUGAAUUGGGCUUGCACACUUUUUGUUUGCAUCAAUGCCCUUUUGUUAAACUUUGGGCUUUAUAUCAACCGGCGGUCCGUGUAACUAGAGAUCGAUUGCUAGAGCAUGUCGUGCAGCCUCAUCAGUUUGCCCCCCCCCCCCCCCCCCCCGUUUUGCCAGCAGUUGAGUACUUCCCGCGGCACACUCGCCAUCCAAGUCUUCCUUUUAGCUUGAGCUCGGUGCAGAUCGCUUCUCACCACCUGCUGCGGGGGCUUUUCUCAAUUGACAAGGUGGAGACGAUACAAUUUCAGAGGAAGGAUUGACCCGCAAGCACCACUCUGCUCUUGUAUCGCGCAUGAAUGAUCUGGCACUUGGUAUAGGUUUUUUUGUUUUGUUUUUGCUGGUUUGUCUGUCAUGGCCUUUUGGAGUCGUUUCAUUAUUAACUCGAGGACCAACAUCUGCCCCCAGUGGGUCAUUGCAUUUUUGGCUACCAGCAACUCGCUCGUUUCUUUUCUGUGCAUAUUUUUGUCACACUAUAGGGUUGGGCAAUUUUGUUUUUAAAGUAACAGUGAUUCCACAUUUUGCCACUUAGACAUACUGGCAUCAUAGACUUCCCUUUGUGAAUCUUCCAGUUAAAAUUCCAAGGAAAGUUCUUUGGCUUGUGGGGUGCUGUUAAUACAAGGUGCCAGGGUGGAGGGAGAAAUGUUGCUGUUCUUAUUCCCUUUUGCAAUUUGGAUGCUCAAGAUGUGCUAAAAUCUAUCUGUGCUAUGAGCUUAAUGCUAAAAUAAAAAUACUGAUCUGUG